AUGGAGAGAGCUAAGUUACCUUUCAAGAAGCGUUUCUCAUGGAAUGGACAAAACAAAUCUUUUAUGGGGUUCAUGGUUGAUGAUAACAUGAAGGAUAAAGAAAGAAGAGGAAAAUUUUGUGAUUCUCCAAAGGUUAUACAGUGCCAUGAAUGCAAAGGUUUUGGGCAUGUAGCUGAUGAGUGUGCAAAUCUGCAGAAGCAGAAGAAGAAGACAGUCACCAAGAGUGAUUCUAAAAGUGAAUCUGAUUAUGGUGAGGAGCUAAAGAGUAUUGUGGCGUUCACAACCUUUAUGUCUGGUUCUAAGACGAAAUCUGCAGUGGGAUCUGCUUCAGCGUCUGUGUCAGGGUCUUCAUGUGGAGGUGAUGAUGAUGCUGGAAGUGAUGAUGAAGGUGGAACCUUUGAUCUUGCUGGGAAUUAUGAAAAGCUGUAUGAGCAUUGGCUCAAGCUGGUUGAGACGAAUUCAGAUUUGGCUAAGGAGAAAGCCAAGCUAGAAGCUCAAGUUGCUGAAGCUCUUAAGUAUGCUUCAGAGAAAGAAGAAGAAGCACGACAGGCUGGUGCUCAACUUGCAGAGACUCAGAAGAAUUUGAGGUUGCUGAAUAAUGGGACGAAUCAGCUAGAUCAUCUUCUUAGUAAAACUAAGGAUGUAGCUACGUCUGAUACAAAGCCUGAGGUUAAGAGGUUUGCUGGGAAUGCAACAUAUAGGAAGAUUGCAGUGAAGCCUGCAACUGGUGUGAAGAAUGUGACUGCUACGCGUGCUGCUACGAGUACUGCUAUGGCAACUGAUACGGCGACUGCUCCAGAGAGAGUUUCUGGAUUGAAGAGUGGAUCUCAACAAAUGUUUCAGCCUGUUUGUCAUCACUGUGGUGUUGUUGGACACAUUAGGCCAAGGUGUUUCAAGUUAUUGAGGGAAAAGAAUCAGAUGGAGCAAGCUUAUGGUAUGAGGUGUCAUGGUCCUGUAUGUUAUUCUUGUGGAGUUCAAGGGCAUAUUCGACGUGACUGUUUCAUGUCUUUUCAAGGAGCUAAUCAUGGAGGAUUUGGACUCAGGAAUACGUGGUCUAGGAGAUUUGGUCACUAUGGAGAUGGUGGAAUGAGAUUUCCUCCUCACUUUGGAGGAUAUGGAUUUUCAUAUUAG